GAAGGUAAUGAACUAUGAGAAACAAAGAAUGAAGACAAUUAAUAACAAUCAUGAGAGAAUGAAUGCUCUAGGAGUGAAGAAUAUAACAACCUGUUUGAAGGCUGCGGUUCAACAUAAGAAAUUAAGGAAGGAAAAACAAAUACCAAUUGAGGAAAAUGAUGAUGAUUAUCGACUGUCAGAGGCUGAAGAUGGCAGGGACACUGAAUCCUAUGAUUCGUUUGAGCAUGAGGAGCAAUCAAAGGGUAACAUCGCGAACAGAGAAAUAAUGUAUACAAAACACAGAUGUGGUUCUAGGUCAAUCCCUGUUAGAGUAGAAAAACCGAUUGGAUUGGGGUGGCAUUUUUGACGUGCAACAAUGAUGUAAUUUGCUUGAAUGUUCA